AGCAAGUGUAGACACACCUCCUGUUUGGUUACGCGCGUAUGACAGCUUUGCGGUGACGUCGAUACCACACGUGACGCCUUACAUUCGCCCGGUAAUCUUCCCCGUCGCGGCCAAGCUACAUCGAGCUUCAAAAUGCACUAGCGAGGCUCUCCCGACUCCAGUGUGCGAUUACUUUAGCUGCCCGCAUCUCGGCUGCCCGACCUGCGCUGCCCCGAAUGCAAGAAAUUUGUCGUGGUGCUCUUUGACGACAGCUUCCAUCCGUAGGCCAACAUGAGAAUCACAGCUCGCCUACUUAAGGACAUCGGGAAGAUGUUGGACAAAUACUCGCGCUUCCACCCGUCGCCGCUUUCCAUCAAGCAGUUCAUCGAUUUCGGUGAAAAUGCUUGCGAAAAGACGUCAUUUCUCUUCUUGCGCAAAGAACUGCCAGUGCGGUUGGCCAACAUAAUGAAGGAGAUCCACCUACUGCCAGAAAAUUUGCUGAGCAUGCCUUCUGUGGAACUUGUCAGAAGCUGGUAUGAACGGAGUUUUGAAGAAAUACUUGAAUUUGAGAAUGCUGGGAGCGACGAUCAAAAAGCCAUGACAAAGUUUUGCGAGGCGCUGAUCAAGAUCAGGAACCGCCACUCGAACGUCGUUCAGACCAUGGCCCAAGGAGUCAUUGAGCUGAAGGAGUCGCACGAACCAGAUCCAAAGACGGAGCACAGCAUACAGUACUUUUUGGACCGCUUCUACAUGAACAGGAUUUCUAUCAGAAUGCUCAUAAACCAACACACUUCCUUGUUUGGAAACGAGAACAAUACCCAUCCUCGUCACAUUGGUUCCAUCGACCGUAACUGCCACGUUGCGAGUAUAGUUGAAGAUGCUUACGAAAAUGCAAAGUUCCUAUGUGACCAGUAUUAUCUCACAUCUCCUGGCCUCAGAGUUGAACAAUGCGAUGUGAUAGCUCCGAAUGCUGCCAUCUGUAUAGACUACGUACCAUCACACUUGUAUCACAUGCUGUUCGAGCUUUUCAAGAACUCCAUGAGAGCAGUCGUAGAGUACCAUGGGGCCGACACCGAAUCCAACGACUUGCCCCCACUGAACGUGCUCAUUGCUCGUGGACGAGAAGACCUGACCAUUAAGCUGUCCGACAAAGGCGGAGGCAUCCCACGGUCAUGCACAGAGAUGCUGUUUCAGUACAUGUACUCCACAGCUCCUCAACCCUCGGCUUCAGGACUCAACUCUGCACCUCUGGCUGGCUACGGCUAUGGCUUGCCCCUGUCUCGGCUAUAUGCCCGCUACUUUCGUGGGGACCUGAUCCUAACAUCCUGUGAAGGUUAUGGAACUGAUGCCCUCAUUUACCUUAAGGCACUGAGCAAUGAGGCUAAUGAAAUGCUGCCCGUGUUCAACAAGACGUCGAGCAAGCACUACAGCUCGGCCGUGGGCGCCAGCGACUGGAUUGCACCGCCUCCGCCAGCACCGGCCGCACCCUCGCCCCAGGGCCUUCGCCACAUUUCCAACUGGCCCCUCAACGUCGCCAAGCUGUCGGUACUUGCACGCAAGUUCUCUCAGCAGCACAAGAACAAAACUCUGUGAACAAGCAAAGGGCCGUCAUGGAUUGUUCUACAAAUUAGACGGUGUCUGUAAAUAUUUUUUUUAGAACUGUACUCUUUCAUACAUUGCGUGAAAAAAAAAAGCGUGUGACCACUGUGUAUCCUCCACAAUUGUUUUUUUUCUUUAUAUCAAUGUUGUGCAUUUUGGUUAGACAGGGUGAAAAUGCCAAUUGUUCGUCCUUGCGUAACAUGGAAACUCAAGGUCUCUUGGUAGAUGCGUUAAAAGUACAAUGCACUUGUCAUGCAACGGUCGAUAACGCGAGUGCUAUGCGCUGGUUGUCACGUGUGAUGUUUUAUCAUUGCUUGCAUCGAAGAGUUAAAUGUAAAUGUCUUGGAUAUGUUCGCAGGGCUUCUCAUGUACAUAAACUUUAUAGGACAGCUCGAGGUUUAAUUACAGCUGUAACGAAUGAAAUGCCUCUGUGAUUACAAUAUGAAAUGAUUCAUACCUUCAAAGACUUUUGUUCAUUUUCAUACUGCUUAUUUUAUGUGUUAUAAAGUUACCCAAGUCGAUUAAAUAGGAAAUAUUGACCAAUGUAAUCAAGCCACAAAAAAAAAACAGAAAAUGAAAAAGUUGUGUGCGAUUUUUAUGAAAUUUGUCCGAUGUAGUAUACUGCUAAUAAGAGAGCAGGAAAAUUAAGUUGAAGUAUAGCAAAAUACCACUAGUUGUGUAUUACAGACUAAUGCACCAAUCUGUUCCUUCAACUGAUGAGUAAAAAUUGUAAUACCUUUUACUAGUUUGACUGUGGUUGGUUCUAUAUUUAUUUGCCUUUAAGUUUUAACAAUGUGGCAGUGUCUGCGGAAAUAGGUUACGCGUACCAGAUUGAAUGAAUGGGAGAGAGUAAACCUAAAAAUUUAGGAAGAAUAUGGAUUUUCUAUUCACCUAGGUUUCGGGAUGAGAGCUUACAGUAAGGCCCGUAUAUUGUGGGUACUAUAGAGCCAGUAAGCAGGAUGCAUUUCUGCCUGCAUUCUUUAUAUUCAACACUGUUCAUUGUUGUAUGCACUGCGUGGUGUGGCUUGUCACACCGAAGAAGAGAGGAGAAAAAAAUUGUGUAGAAAUGUAACAAAAUGAAUACCUCUGUCAACUCGAUAUAGUACAUUUCAUUCAUUGCAGGCAAUGCUACACAAUCUAAGUACAAUAUUAAUGUCCCAUCAUAGUACAUGAUGCAUGCCCAUGUCUAUUUCACAUGUUCCCUAUUCUAUGGUUGCGAACUUGAACUGCGACAGCACUCUCCAUAGCUUUCCUAGCAACGCCUGCUAUGUAUCAAAAAUUUUAAAGGUCAACUUACAAAAAGACAAAGGAAAAGGCAAGACAGUCGUACAGUACCAGUCAGCGAUUGUAGACUUUUGCCUGUGCUCAUCAGCAAAGCACUGUUUCCGUUAGCCAUGCGUCUAAAGAAACCCAAACCUCUCACAUUGUAGUUUUCUAGUUUGUUACCAUAGUUUAAGGCCACUGCAAACAAUGUAAUCUCUUUUCUCGAGAGUUAAAAAGACUGUUCUGCCACUAUGUGUAACACACCCUUAUACCCAACACUUCAUAGACGUUCGUGUCAUAAAAAAAAAUGCAGGACCGAGGAGAGAGAAGACGCAACGUACCUACUGAUUUUUAUCUUGCGCUGUGCUGGUUGCAUUUGGGCUUGCUACCUGGUGUUUGAAAUAAAGAUGUCAUUGUUUUGUUUAACCAUUUGUAGUGCAGACCUUGUAUCUUGCAAAAUAAUGUGACAAAAGCCUAUUUUACUUCUUUCAACCCAUCUAGCAUGGCUAUUGUACAAACAAUAAAUAAUGCUGGCGCUCACUGCA